ACGCCUUCAUGAGACUCGGUAAAGUGGCCAAACCAGGUAUUUCCUGCCAAUAUCAGCAACUGGCAACUCGCGGCCACUCAGCAGGUACUCCUAUAUAGGCUGGCACAUGGGCCUCCAGUCGUCACAAGCUUCACCAGGCAACAUGAAAUUCGUGAUCAUCGCCGCCCUCGCCGCCGUGGCCUUCGCCGCCCCCGACAGGCCCUACAACACCUAUGGCUCCGGAUCCAGCGAGGAGGCAGAGAUCCUGCAGCACGACUUCGAUCUCCAGGACGACGGCAGUUACAAGCUGGACGUGAAGACCAGCAACGGCAUCUUGGUGUCCGAGCAGGGCAGGCCAGAAGGCCCUGAUGGCGCCGUUGUCACGAGUGGAGUGUUCUCCUACACCGCCCCUGACGGCACCCCUGUUGAGGUGAAGUUCGUCGCCGACGCCGGUGGCUACCAGCCCGACUCUGACCUGCUGCCCGUGGCCCCUGAGUUCCCCCACCCCAUCCCCCAGUUCGUGCUGGACCAGAUCGCUAAGGCCGCCGAGGAGGACCGCAACCGUUCUCCCGAGAGGAGAUACAGCUAUGCCUAAACACCCUCCAUGACCAAACCCUCGACCACAAGGGCGAAACGCUCCUUCUCUGAUCAUCUAUUUAUUACCAUUGUUGACAUUGUAUAAUGAAUUAUUCCAUAUAAA